AUGUUCAUGGACAAUUUGAGGGUGAUUGGAGAAGCUAGAACGCUCGGAGGUAACUGGCUGCUUUGGGAGACCAUUGUAGGUCAAAGUGAUGAGCGUGCGCAAAGGUUACAGAUGGCCGAAGCUCCGUAUGCUAGGGCAAAACAGGAGUUUGAUCGCCUCAUGACAAUUGACAAUCUCCGCUUAGCAUUCGCAAAUCGGACAUCAGAACUGGGCAGCGUCAAGCAAGAAUCGGAUAAUCACGACUUGCUUUUGCGCUGGGUUUUGGAACAGGUGCCACUGGUUGAAGCCGAGCAGAACGAGGCCGACAGAGCUAAGGCGAGUCCGACAGAUGUGCCGGGUCGGAAGAGAGCGCUAAACAGUGACGAGAGCACGGGGGAGCCGGGGCCCAAAAGGGCGAGGGAACCGAGCUCACCGAGCGCGUCACCAGCCUUAGGAGAGCUGGACGCAAAUGUUAUUGCCGGCGGCUACCGCACGGCUGCCGGCCAUAAAGUACGCAUCAGUGGCGCCGCUGACGCACCUACCAAAUCCAAGCCCAGCGGGCCCCAAGAGCGCGAGCGGGAGAGUCCCCAAGAACACACCGUCCAAAUCCCCCCCAAACCAGCGAACGAGAGCCCCCCGGAAGGCAAGGCCGAAAACAUGUCAGACCCUCGUCCCACAGCCGAGCCGCCGCAACUACCGCGCAAGGACGAAGGCAAGGGGAAGAAGGGACCGACGCGCAGCAGCCUUUGGCGUGCGGCCCCUAGGGUGGCGCUACCGCAAGAACAGCUCGGAGGCCGCGGCAACGACAGGAAGGGACCCGCCAUGCCAACUCAGCGCAGUUCCAGGUUUGCGGGUAUUGCUCCUGGCGCUGUUGUUGGUGUUGCUGCUGGCCAUGGCGAAGGGGGUGGGGCGGCACGGGGGAAGGGCCGGGGAGGAAGAAGGAUGGGUUGA